AUGGCCCUCAGUAUCCGGCAGAAGAGGGUGCGAAGAAUCCCCGGAGACCCAAUCUAUGAGGUUGCGGUGCAAGGCCCUGUAGAUGGUCUGGCUACUGGCACCCCACUCUAUAGUGUGGCGGUGCAAGGCACUAUGGGUGGAAGGAUUACUUGUAGACCAAGGGGUUGGAGGUUUGGUACCUGGAAUGUAGGCACGUUGACAGGAAAGAGUUUGGAAGUGGUGGAGGAGUUACAGAGGAGAUGUGGUGGUGAUGGUGUUUGGAAAGGUAAUAGUGAGGUUAAUAUCAGGAUAUGCUCCGCAACAAAGUCAGGGGAGCAUAGGUCAAUGAUAGAUUAUAUAUUGAUAAGGGCGAAGCAUAAAAAGUAUGUAAAGAAUGGGAAGGCGAUAUCUGCAAAUAACUCCACAAGCGACGUUGAUGCCACCGCAUCAUCUCCGGAGCAGCAAUCAUCUCAUCUAUCAACUCAUCCGACAUCGUCGUCUUCAUCACCUCCAUCAGCAGAAACAAUAGAAUCACCUCUACUGAGCAUCAAAUAA